AUGCACGGGAGUUGGAUUAAUAACAAAAUCCAAGAAAAACAAAUUACUGAGUAUAAAUUUGAUGACUUUAAAAAGUUUAAAAAGAUUGGUAAUGGGGCUUAUAGUAGUGAUGCAAAACGGCUCUGCAGAGCC